AUGGAGGUUGAUAAACUCGAACCAAACGAUCCUCGUGUAGAGUCCCUGACUGCGACCGUCCGUGGAAAGACCUACCACUACCUACUCGGCAAGCCCAAGGGGCCUCAAACCGGCACCGUUGUACUCAUUCACGGCUGGCCAGACCUCUCCUUCUCAUGGCGGUAUCAAGUGCCGUUCCUCCUCUCCAUGAACCUCAGGGUCAUCGUCCCAGACAUGCUCGGGUAUGGACGAACCGAUGCGCCCCAGGAAAUCGAGAAGUAUUCCUUCAAGUCUACCGGCGACGAUAUUGCCGAGCUGCUUGGGCAGGUGUGCCCGGGUGAGCAGAUCAUCCUGGGCGGCCAUGACUGGGGCGGCAGCUUUGCGUGGCGCUUCGCGCUAUGGCACCCCGAGCUCCUCAAGGCGGUCUUCAGCAUCUGCACUCCGUACAACCAGCCGCUGCCCGUCUACGUGUCGCUGGAGCAGCUGGUCGAGCGCCUGCCCAACUUCCGGUACCAGCUGCGGCUGGCGGGGCCGGACGCCGAGCGCGAGAUCGUGACGCCGCAGCGCAUCCGCGGCUUGCUGUCCGGGCUGUACGGAGGCCGGGGCCCGGAGGGCGAGAUUGGCUUCACCGUGGCGGAGGGCCCGAUCUUUGAGAACCUCGAGAAGAUUGAGAACAGCCCGAUCGUCAGCAGCGAGGACAUGGACUACUACGUGCAGGAGUACUCGCGCAACGGCAUGCGCGGCCCGCUGAACUGGUACCGCACGCGCAAGGUCAACUACGAGGAGGAGGUCGCGCUGCUCAAGGACGGCCCGCCGCGGAUCCACGUGCCGUCGCUCUUCAUCAGCGCCACGCGUGACCCGGCGCUGCUGCCGGCGCUGUCCGCGGGCAUGGACAAGCACUUUGACAACCUGACCAGGGCCGAGGUCGACAGCCAUCACUGGGCGCAGUGGGGCGCGGCAGAGGAUGUCAAUGCGCAUAUCAAGAAGUUCGUGCAGAGUGUUUUGCAGAUAGGUCCUGUUAAGUCUUCUAUUUAG